GAACAUAACCCAACAAUUAAAUACUAUGUAAGUUUCAAAAAUUAAUUACGAAAAAUGCUAUUUUGUAAAUCAAAUGUAAUCUUCAAGCACGUAAGCUUCUGUAAAUCCUGCAAAAGAAACUACGUAACGCGAAAUGUGAGGGUCAGAUUUGCUCCCAGUCCGACAGGUUUUUUACAUCUAGGCGGCUUAAGAACGGCGCUUUACAAUUAUUUUUUCGCCAGAAAACAUAAUGGUAAAUUCAUUCUACGAAUUGAAGACACCGAUCAAACUAGGAUAGUACCGGGAGCAAUCGAGCAGCUCCAGAACGAUUUACGUUGGUCCGGAAUAGAAAUCGACGAAGGACCCACUGAAGGAGGCAAUUUUGGACCUUACAUACAAUCACAAAGGCUGCAAAUAUACAGAGAUCAAGUGAAUGUUUUAUUGAACAACGGAUCUGCUUAUCAAUGCUUCUGUACAGACAGCCGUUUGAACCUGCUAAGGAAACAAGCUUUAAAACAACAAGAAGUACCUAAAUACGACAACAGAUGCAGGCAUUUAACUCCCGAGGAAGUUCGAAAUAAAAUAGACCAAGGAAAACCCUCGUGCAUACGAUUUAAAAUAAGCGAUAAAGAUGAGAGUUUCGAUGAUUUAAUUUAUGGAAGAAUCACUUGCAAUAUUUCUUUGAAUGAAGGAGAUCCGGUCAUACUGAAAACAGACGGCUAUCCAACCUAUCAUUUAGCUAAUGUAGUGGAUGAUCAUUUUAUGAAUAUUUCUCAUGUUUUGAGGGGGGUUGAAUGGCAAAUAUCCACUACUAAACAUAUACUACUGUACAGAGCAUUUAAUUGGACACCUCCGUCAUUUGGUCAUUUACCUUUACUGAUGAAUUCCGAUGGAACUAAACUAAGUAAAAGGCAGGGUGAUAUUAGAAUAACGCAUUACAAGGACAGUGGUAUAUUUCCUCAAGCUCUAAUUAAUUUCAUAGUACAUUCCGGCGGAGGAUUUACCAAAGAUUUACAGACCGGUUUGAAGCCUCAAAGCUACAGCAUGGAAGAAUUAACAGAGCAGUUUAAUGUAGAUAAAAUAAAUUCGCAUUCGGGGAAGAUUAUGCAGGAUAGAUUACUCGAGUUCAAUAAGCUGGAAUUGGAGAAGAAAAUAAACGAUCCGAAGGAUUUGAAUCGCUUAGUUGGCGAUGUUAAGACACUUUUAAUAAAAACUUAUCCACAAAAAAAAGAAAACAACACCCUACAAUACGACGAUGAGCAUAUAAAAAGUAUACUAAAAUGGGCAAUUCCUAGAAUAAACACUUUAUCGGAACUUACAUCAAAGAAUUUGGAAUUUGUGUGGUUCCUUCCUUCAAACAUGGAAAUUAAAGAAAGUAAUAUCGAAAUCAUAUCUUCAUUCGUAAGAUAUUUGGAAAGCGAAGAUUUGAACAAUGACAGGCUAAGUGGGAUUCUAAAGGAGUUUUGUAAGAAACAUGAUGUUCCUUUUGGCUCGUUUAUGAAGACUGUUAGAUAUGCUUUGAGUGGUUUAAAAGAAGGUCCCAGCGUAGCGGAAAUGAUGUCGAUAUUAGGCAAACGCAACACAUUGGAAAGAUUAGAAAUGUGCAUAAAUAAAUCUAGAUCGUGAGGUAAAUAUAUAUAUUUUUUAUUUGUGAAGGUAUACACAUUUUUUAAAACGAAAUUUACAACAUUUGUAUAAAGUGAACUUAUAAAAAAGAGGGUUUCAAAAUUCCUUGAGUGCUUUCGCUGUACCCAAUAAUCCGCCUUCCUCGCCGCAUAGCCCUCCCGCGAUUGUAAUAAAUACCAUCAAAGGCCGAAUUAUCGUAAAUUGGAUUUGUUGCAAAUAGAUUUCCUCAAAAAUAUUUGUUUUUUUUUUGGAUUGUAUUUGAUGAAAUGCUUACAGAUAACGCGGCAAGGGCUAUUGGCAGAAGAAAGAGUUUAUUAAAGGUUAUAAAAAUAUCAAAAUAAAUAUUAAUACUAUCUACACCUAUGGAAUAUAUCACUAAAAACCUUAAUCCUAGUUAAUAAUGUAAGUUUUCUUAUGCAUCAAAUCGUUCAAGCAAAAUAAGUACCUUUUUUAUUUGGAAGUACACGAAAACUAGGUGGUAUUGGAAGAUGGAAAAUGAGUUCAAGUUUGUUUGCCUGUCGUGCUUGUUCUAAUUUAAUAACAACUAUUAAUUUUCAUUGCGAAAUGAUUUGAAUUUUGCCGGGAAACUAAUAAAAAUUGUAUUGCUCGAAUCUAUUCAAGUUGUACUAAUUUUGAUGAUGAAAUACUAUUUUCAUUGCUAAAUUUGGCAAAUAUUUACGUGAAUGCAGAAGCGUUUGAAAUUUUGUAGCAAAGCCGUUAAUCAAAUCAGUGUUCAUAUAUCCAAUAAAAUAAGUGCGAUUAACUAAUCUAAAACUUUUGCUAGAAUUUUUUAGCAUUCAUUAACAAUUUAGAAACAAUUUUCAACGAUAAAAAUAAGCAAUACAUUCAUUGAUCCGCGUCGAAAAAAAGAAUUCUCAAAUGAGAUUCAAUCAUUUUGUCGUAUAAAAUACAUUGCUUGUAGUUAUUAUUAUGCAUAUUGGAACAAGAUGCGUCAACUUAAAGGGUAAAACAUUAUUUUUUAAAAUACACGUUAAAUUGAAUCACAGUUUUAAGAACAUGCCCUAGCAGGUUCUGCGAAGACAAAACUCAUAUCUGUAAGGUUGACAUGAGAAGGCAAUGGGGUAAAACAAGUUACUUGUCAAUGGGAUUUCGAAUUUCUCGAAUAUUAGGAUGUUGGAGAAUAUUCUACUUCUCACACUAUACCAGGUGUGUCAA